AUGGCGUGUCGUAUGUCCAGCUUUGACGGCAAACCAGCAGUGGCGGUUGGGACAGAGGAUCGAUUGCGUACAGAUGGAAGAGAGGAGGGAGAGAGUGAGGGAGGAGAGUUUGAGAAGGGCGUGAGUAUAGUGGGAAGAGAGGAGGUGGAUGGCAGAGGAGAGCGCACGAGACGUGAGAAGAAAGCAAGUGGAGUGGAGGGAAAGGUUGAGGGAGGCGGUUGGAAGCGUGUAGAGAGGGGAGGAUGCAAGGCGACAGAGGAGGAGGAGAAAAAGGCAGUGGCAGUGAUUGCUGGAGUGUUGAGAGAGAAAUUUGGGCCUCAGAUUGUGAGAGGGGAGGAAGAAGAAGAAGAGGGGUUCAGAGACGGAAGGAUUAUGGAUGAGAAGGAGGCUAAAGGACGAGAAGAAGAGGAAGAGGUGGGGUAUGGGGAUGAGGAAACAGAGGGCGCAGAAGUAGAGGGCGAAGAGGAUGAGGAAUGGGAGGAGGGGGAAGACGCAGCAGCAGAAGCAGGAGCAGAAGCGAGUGAGGGAGACGCACCACCCACCACAUCUCCUCCCACACGCCCUCCUCCUCGCAACAGCCCUCGGGUCGUAUCUCCCUCCUCCCUCCUCUCCCUCUACCGCUUCUUCUCCUCCCACCUCGGCAUCUCCUCCCCUUCCACUGUCGCUUCCCUCCUCGCCUCCCACCCUGCCCUCCUGCGUUCCGAUCCUGCCAGUGACCUGCUGCCACGUGUCCACCUCCUCCAGUCGUAUGGCAUAUCCCAUGCCAACAUCUCAGCUAUCACCCUCCAGUACUUAGAGAAGCUGCUGGGGAGGAAGGCAACAGGGAGUGUGGUGCGCAGCUAUACGUCGAUUCUUAUUCUAUCGGUAGAGAACAUGCAAGGGAAGGUGGCAUUGUUGGGCGAUCUGAUUGGCCGAGAGAACGCUGUGCUUGCAGUGGCACGGAAUCCUUCGAUACUGGGGGCUAACGAAGAGAACCUUAAGAGGGGUUUUAGCGAGCUUGUAAGAGAAGUGGAAGAGGCAUUGGAGGAGAGUGGAGGAGAGGAGAAUGGGAGGCAAAUGCUCCAGAAAGGUGCACGGAAGCUUGUGCGAGAAGUGGAGGAGGCAUUGGAGGGUGGUGAAGAUGGUGGGGUUGCACCAGAAAGCCCGCCUGUUGAAGAGCCUCAAAAGGAUGCAAUGGAUGCAAGAAAGUGUGCGGAGGGAGGGGGAAGUGGUGCAGAAGCAAGGACAGGAGAAGGACGAGGAUUUAAGAACGCUAGUGGCUGCUUGCCAGCGCGUGAGAUGGUGGCAAAUCUGCGAAUCAGACCACGGCAUCUGGCGCUGCUGAGAAAGGGCUAUGUGUUGGUGCCACAUGAGGUAGCUCUACCAAAAAACGGAGAAGGGGGAGUAUUUGGGAGGAGCGGGGCAGAAGAGAAGGCAGCAGGGGAGGACGUGGGUGGGAAAGAUGAGUUCGGGGGGAGGAUAGAACUGCUUUGA